AUAUGCAGAUACAGAUACAUAUACAUAUAUAGAUACAGAUACAGAUACAAAGCUUUGAUCAGCUCAGUUCAGUUGAGCCCAUAAAUGUCUCUCAUAAAUUGUUCAAAAAUUAUACAAACUCAACAUUUUAUGGAAGCCGGCGCGGAAUUUAAGCCAAACAAACCGACGCCUCGCAGCAGCCACAACAACAACAACAAUAACAACAACAUUCACAUCCAUAGUUAUUAGGUAUUAUAUAGAAUAUACUUAAGUAUAUUUGAUUCCAAGCACAGCACAGCAAAUACAAAGGAAAUGCAGCACCAUUUAAGCUCAACUCUUACUCUUCAAAGCACCUUAACCACCGACACCAAUAGAACCAAGCCAGCCACAAACACAACAACACAAUCCCGGCCACAAGCCAGCAACAAAUCCACUGCGGCUCCAUCUGUAAAAUGAUGGAACGUCUAUCCACACAUUUGUCACUCUCGGGAUUAUCGCUCGCACAUCCAUUGCAGAGUCAUUUGAGCUCGGUGAGCUCCAGCAGCGGCACACAUCUGGGCCAAUUGAUACAGCAUCAUCAGCAGCAACAACAGCAACAGCAACAACAGCAGCAGCAGCAACAACAGCAUACCACAGAACAGAGCCACGCCCACAGUCACGCCCAUCAUCACACUCAGCAAUUGGCGCUGGGUCAACUGGGGCAGCAGCAUCAUCAUCAUCAGUGCAACAGCAACAGCAGCGGCGGUUCACCCAACGGCGGCGGCUCCUCCGCAUUGGGCCUGCAUCCACAUUUGCACCACUCAGCGGCGGCAGCAGCAGCAGCACAUCAUCUGAGCGCACAGCACUCGCAGCUGCAUCAGCAUCACCACGUGGCAGCAACAGCAGCAGCCGUACAGCAACAGCAACCACACUCAACAGCCUCGCACCACACAACCCAAGCAGUCAGCUCGGCAGGCAGCUCGCUGCACAGCCAAUCGCAGGCGCAGUCGCAUCAGCCGCACAGCAACGGCCUUGGCCAGCAUCACAGUCUCGUCAGCUCCGGCUCCAGCUCGAGUGCGCCAGUGCAUCACACGUCCAGCACGUCCAGCACAUCGAGCAGCGUCAUGGCAGCCGCUGCAGCUGCACAUCUGCACCACAAUUCACAGGCAUCACCCAUCAGCAAUCUGCACCAGAACAUGGGCAGUCUCAUGAACAGUGGCAGCAGCGCCAGCGAUGUCUUCUUUAGCCUGAUGAUACAGAAUACAACGAAACGACAGAAUGAGGAGCACAUAAAACGUCCAAUGAAUGCGUUUAUGGUCUGGUCACGUUUACAACGACGCAAAAUUGCUCAGGAUAAUCCCAAAAUGCACAAUUCGGAGAUAUCCAAAAGGCUGGGUGCCGAAUGGAAGCUGCUCACAGAGGAAGAGAAACGUCCUUUCAUCGAUGAGGCAAAACGGUUGCGUGCGAUGCACAUGAAGGAGCAUCCUGAUUACAAAUAUCGACCUAGACGCAAGCCCAAAGCUCUGAGACGCGAUGGUUACCCAUAUCCCAUGCCAUAUCCAUCGGUUCCCGUGGAGGCGUUACGAGCAGGCAUCUCGCCGGGUUACUUCGCCCCCGGUCCCACAGCGGCCGCCUAUCACCUGGGCAGCCAUCUCACACAGACAUCGACGCCAACAACAACGCAGGCCACACUCUCUGGGCAGAUGGACAAAUUUGCGGCACUGGAGCGCAGUUCUUAUCUGAGUAAUGCAGCUGCCGCAGCAGCAGGGGGCAGCCAUGCGAGUGCUUACAGCGCCUAUCUGGAUCCCAGUGUGCUGACCAAGGCCUACUUCGACUCCAAGAUGUAUCAGGAUCGUGGCAACUAUGCCUUUGAUAUCUCUAAGAUCUAUGGCGCCCAGCAGCAUGCGGCGGCGCACCACCAACAGCAGCAGCAGCAACAACAACAGCAGCAACAGCAACAACAGCAACAGCAACAACAGCUGCUCAUGGCAAGUAGUGGUGCAGGUGGUGCUGGUGGUGGUGGUGGCAGUGCCGGUGGCAGUUCGCACAACAACAACAGCAGCAGUGGCCUGGAUGAUCGCGAUGCCACGCCCCAGCUGGAUGCGGGUGGUGGUCAAGUGGAGGCAAAACCGCAUCUGCAUUCGCCCAGCGACGUCGGCUUGGACUAUGCCCAUCAGUAUGCCCAGCAAUAUGGCGGCCAGUUGGCCAGUGCCGCCGCUGGAGUGGGAGUUGGUGUUGGUGUUGGAGUGGGCGGCGCUGGUAGUGCUGGUGGUGGUGGUGGCGGAGGCGCCACUGAUUUUCGACGACCGUUGACGGUCAUCUUCUGACCGCCAUCGUCCAAUGGCAGCGAGGAGUUGAACUUGUCUAUGACUUAGGAAAUGAGAGAUUAAAGUUAAACGUAGCCAACUUUACAGUUAAGCCUCGAGUUGUAAACUAAUCAUAAGCUUUGUUAAAAUGGGGAGCAGCAGCAGCAGCAGCAGAAUUAAGAAGCGGGAGCAGGUGCUGGCGCAUGUGGUGAUGGAGGACUCUCAGACCCACAUACACACACACACACACAGAUAUAAGGCAGGAAGACAAAACGAGCGGUGCAAUUUUUUAUGUUUUAAACGCUGAACGAAGUGCAUAGCAUAAAUUUAAAA